AUGGCUAAGAGGCUCCUCCAAACAAACCUCAAUCACGCCAGGGCUGCACAGGAUAUCCUGUUGCAGUGCUUGGCGGAAAGAGGUGGAGGACUGGCUAUCGCCGCCGACCCAUAUAGGAUCCCCGACGAUCACCCACAUUGGGCCGGGGAUACCUUGGGCAGAGUGGUGAUAGUCAGCCAGCAUGCACGCGACGCCCCGCCGAUGCUCCCGGUGGAGUCCGGCGAGGGCUUCGUCUUGGUCGAGUGGGGAUUCAUUGACGUCCUAGGGUGUUACUUCCCCCCGAGUCUCAGCCGAGGGGAGUAUGAGGCUGCCCUGGAGCGGAUGGGAGAAGCCAUCUACAGGCGCUCUCCCAGACCAAUCAUCGUGGGAGGGGACUUUAACGCUCACGCAGUCGCGUGGGGGUCCCCGACCACGAACUCCAGAGGCCGUCUCACCCUAGAGUGGGCGGCGGGACUCGACUUAGCACUGCUUAAUCGAGGUCGGGUCAGCACCUUCGUGGGUGGCCGCGGUGAAUCCAUUGUGGAUCUCACGUGGGCUUCUCCGGGCGCCCUUGGUAGGGUCAGUGCCUGGAGGAUGGAGGCCGCUCCCCUCGGGGAGCUAACCGAUCACAGGUUGAUCGAGAUGGAGGUGGCCUCCACACCCGCGGAGGUGCGAGCGAGAACCCGCCGCCAAAUAGCGGAGAGGAGAUGGGUCCUCAGAAAGCUCUACCAGGAGGCCCUCGAGGUCUGCCUCACGAUGUCUACGUGGGCUGACGGGGCUGAGGCGGAAUGGUUCUGCGACGCCAUGUCGCUUGCGUGCGAUGCCUCCAUGCUCCGCAGCCGGCCAAGAGCACAGCGCGCUACCUACUGGUGGUCCGAAGAGAUCGCCCAACUAAAGCGGGCGACGGUGGCCACCAGGAGGGCGUUUACGCGCGCCCGACGCCGGGGCGUGGAGGCGGAGGUGGAAGAAACCAUGGCGGCCCUCAGAGACGCCAGAAAGGCGCUGAGGGUCGCCAUCCGCCGGGCGAAGGCUGAGGCCUGGGAGGAGUUCAUCUCAGACCUCACGAGGGACCCAUAA